CUUGUAAAAGAUAAGCCAGUAGAGAAUAUUCCGAUACUGGAUAGAGUGAUCUACGGGGUGAUGGUUACCCAUGACUCCUAAUUUUAAGUUAUUUGAAUAACGAAUUCUGUUCUAUUUUAACCCAAAUAUUUUCUGUAUAAAUACCCACGGAUCCUUAUUCCUUACUCAUAACCCAUAUCGCUACUUGCUACGAACACACACAAACAACACACCCACUCAUCAAUGCCUUCUAUCUGUGUUGUUUGUUUUACUCUUUUUGUGCUGUUUUUAAGUAGUAGUGCUAGACCAUUAUAUAAGCUUCCAAGCAAAGAUCAUAGAGGUACAAAGCAACCCUUACAAACUUCACGUCCAUAUAACCUUGCUCACCGGGGUUCUAAUGGAGAAUUUCCGGAAGAAACUGCUGCUGCUUAUCGGAGAGCUAUAGAGGAAGGUGCUGAUUUCAUAGAAUCAGACAUCCUAGCGACUAAGGACGGUGUGCUCAUAUGUUUUCAUGAUUGCAAGCUCGACAUUACCACUGAUGUUGCGGACCAUAAGGAAUUUUCUGAUCGCAAAAGGACCUACGAAGUGGAAGGCGCCAACGUCACUGGAUUUUUCACUGUUGAUUUUACAUGGAAGGAGCUACAAAUCUUGAGAACAAAACAAAGGUUUCCAUUUAGGGAUCAACAAUACAAUGGAAAAUUUCCGAUUAUUACCUUUGAAGAUUACAUAUCUAUUGCUCUUGAUGCUCCCCGAGUUGUUGGGAUAUAUCCCGAGAUAAAAAGCCCCGUCUUUGUCAACAAACAUGUCAAAUGGGCUAAUGGAAAAAAGUUCGAAGAUGUUUUUGUGGAAACCCUGAAGAAGUAUGGUUACAAAGGUUCAUACUUGUCAAAAGAAUGGCUAAAACAGCCUUGUUUUAUCCAAUCAUUUGCUCCAACUUCGCUUGUGCACAUAUCAAAUCAGACUGAUCUGCCUAAAAUUUUCUUGAUUGAUGAUGUAACUGUGCUAACUCAAGAUACCCACCAGACUUACUCGGAAAUCACUUCAGAUGCUUACUUAGACUACAUCAAAAAGUAUGUUGUUGGUAUUGGACCUUGGAAAGAUACAUUGGUUCCCGUUGUGAAGAAUUAUAUGCAAGAACCCACGGAUUUGGUGUCCAGAGCGCAUGCUCGUGGCUUACAGGUACAUCCCUAUACGUACAGGAACGAGAACAAAUAUUUGCAUUUCGACUUCCAUCAAGAUCCUUACAUCGAAUAUGAUUACUGGAUAAACAAGAUUGGAGUGGAUGGAUUAUUCACAGAUUUCACAGGCAGCCUUCACAACUUCCAGGAAUGGACCUCUCCUCUCUCCGAAACUGGUGUUGUCGAUGGUCAUCCAACGUAUUUGUUGCAUAAGAUCGCUAAAAUUGUGAGAGGCUAUAAUUGAUUUGAUUUACCACAUUCUUUUUUGACAUUGAAGAUAAGCACACGAAGAAAUAACAGUAGUUUCGACAUGAAUGUUGUUCUUCCCAUCUGCGAUGUGUACAGUUCUAUUUUACCAAAGUUAUAUAUAUAAAGACGCAAUAUUUGAUUGCUGUUCCAA